AAAUACAGAAACAUUGAAAGAAUAUCGGACUGACAGAUUCUCAGAUCUUUUCGCCUUUCGUGUUAUUCCGUGUGUGACCACCAAGUGGCAUCAAAUCCAACAUUAUUUCUAUCUCUCGGUCGUUAGGACAUACUCAAACGCAAUGCUGCGAAAAGACCAUCAGUCUUCACAAUAAAAACGACGCGCCAACCAGUGAAAAUACCGUCUACAAUGAGAGAUCUUCAUUUUAAGGACCACUUUUGGGUAAGCGCAAAGGUUGUUUCUUAAGUAAAGCCUAAUAUACGUUUGCCUAGUUGAAGCCACUAUGCUGCUAUGUAGAGAUCGAUGUCAACCAGUGAAAAUACAUGAGUUGAACUGCCGCUUUUCUCGUCUACAAUGAGAGAUCUUCAUUUUAAGGACCACUUCUGGAACGUGGACCUAACCUCCACUGCGGGUUAUGACUGCCUCAUCCAGCACCUCAAUGAUGGAAAGCGAACGUGCAAGGAGAUAGAGGACUUCAUAAAAGCCAGAGCAUCCAUAGAGGAAAAGUAUGCUAAAGAGCUGAUGGGACUGUCUAAGAAGGUGUGUGGACACAAUGAGAUGAACACGCUAAAGAGAUCGUUGGAUGUCUUCAAACUACAGACCGAACAUGUGAGUUUAUCUCACUUACAACUGGCCCAGACAAUGAGGGAAGAGGCCAGGAAACUAGAAGACUUCAGAGAGAGGCAGAAAGAGGCCAGGAAAAAGGUAGAGCAGCAGAUGGAUGCCUUACACAAACAGAGGGCGACCCACUUAAAGAAAACCUUAGAGUCUAAAAAGACGUAUGAGCUGAAGUGUCGAGACAAAGAGGAAGCAGAACAGAACAUGAACCGAAACGCCAGCACCAGCAAUGCCAAGCAGCAGGAAAAGCUAUUUGCAAAAACACAGCAAGCUAAACAGAAUGCAGAAGAGACUGACAAGAUUUAUAUGCAGAAUGUGUCUUUGUUUGGGAAAAUCAAAGAAGACUGGCAAAAAGAACACAUCAAAGCAUGUGAGGUUUUUGAGGCGCAGGAAAUGGAGAGGAUCAACACUCUGAGGAACAUGUUAUGGACUCAUCUGAAUCAGCUUUCCCAGCAGUGUGUCACCAGUGAUGAGUUGUAUGAGGAAGUGAGGAAGUCUCUGGAACAGUGUGACAUACAGGAGGACAUAGCACACUUUGUAAACCUCAGACGCACUGGGGACAAACCUCCAGCUCCUGUUCUGUAUGAGAACUUUUACACCGGUCAGAGGCCACUCUCAACCAUUCAAAUGCCUCUGUCUAACUCCAGGAGGGGACCAUUGCCUACUCCAACCAAUACUCAAGUAGACAAUGUGAUCUACUCAACUGCAGAGGAUCCAGGCUACAGUAUUCUACAAUACUAGUCCACAUAUUUACUGCUGACUUUAUAUGUUGACUGUCUGGUGGCUCUACAAUGAAAGCUGAGUAUUUCUUCACUCAUUCCAUCAUGGAUAUAAAGAGUGGACUGUUCAUUUGUAAUUUCUAAGUGAUAUCAUUGUGUUUUAAUAAGCUGUUUUAUAAACAGUAACAGUGUCAUAGCUCCGAUGUAAAAUAAUUCUAGGAUAUAUGAAUAUAUUUUAUAUUGUACAGUAUUAAUUAGGAUACUUUGUUAUAGUAACUGCCCAUUGUAGAUUUCUAUGCAAUUUGAAUCAUUACUUAAUAGAAAUCCAACAUUUUUGCCAUCCUUUUCUAGAUUGCUGAUUGGCCAUUUAAUUAUUUUUAGCAGUACAGAAUGCAAAUAUUUAAAUAUCCUGUUUAAGUUUUAGGAAGUUUUUUACAUUGAGUGAACACAAUAUGAACUUCUAAAAGUUAUAUUUUCCCUGGACAGUUACUGAAAACCAAAAGGUUUUCAAGACUCAGUCGGUUGAUAUUUAUUCAUUCAUUUAAAUAUUUAUCAAUAAAUAUGCACUGUAAAUGCUA